AUGCAAUCAUCAUACGACGAAAAGAGCACCAAGCUCGACGGUAUUAAUACCGCAUUUGAGACUCGAGCUCCCGACAGGCCGGACGAUGAUGUCGACCAGGCCUGGAAGUUCCUGAAUGAACACCGCAAUGAAGCAUCAGAGCAAGCCCCAGUCGAUAUGACAGCAUUGCGUCAUAAGAUCGACUGGCACAUCGUCCCACUCAUGUUUUGCUGCUAUACAAUGCAAUUCCUGGACAAGGUCAUCCUCAAUUAUGCUGCCGUCAUGGGCCUUACUAAAGACCUAAAGCUUAAGGGCAACGAGUUUUCGAAUAUUGCCACGUUCCUCUUCGUUGGUUUGCUCUGCUUUGAGGUUCCAAACAUCUGGUUUCUUCAGAUGGUCCCAGCUGCUAAAUGGCUAGGCUUGAACGUUACUCUAUGGGGCGUGGCUACUGCUUGUGGCGCGGCUGCUUCAGAUUAUCGGUCGCUCCUUGUAUCCCGAGUCUUCCUAGGAAUAUUUGAAGCUACUAUCGGGCCUUCUCUCAUGCUCAUCAGCAGCCAAUGGUACACAAAGAGAGAGCAAGCUCCCCGAUUCUCGUUUUGGUACCUCGGCCUCGGUCUUGGCCAGAUUCUCGGAGGUGCCAUAUCUUAUGGCUUCCAGCACGUCACUCCCGGAUCUUCACUGGCCGGCUGGCGCAUUAUGUUCGUGGUCCUUGGCGUACUGACCGCCGUCAUUGGCCUGUCCGUGUUCACUUUGAUGCCCGACACCCCGAUGAAGGCAACCUGGCUUAGCGAUAAUGAAAAGGUGGCGUUGCUCAAACAUGUCAGUGUCAAUCAGACGGGCAUUGAGAGCCGUAAGUUCCGGCCUCGCCAGAUACUGGAGGCUCUCUGUGACCCUCAGAUGUAUCUCUUGACCUUGUCUGUCGUUUUGCUAUCUGUUUCCAGCGGCAUCGUCACGACCUAUUCUUCAACUCUAAUUCUCAAUAUCGGAUACGACCCCAAGCAUGCAGCCUUGAUGAAUAUGCCAUCUGGUGCCGUCAGCAUUUUUUUCACACUGCUCGUUGGUUUUGGUGUUCGCUUUGGCUCUCACCGCUGGGCGUGGAUCAUCAGCUGUAUUAUCCCUGCCAUACUCGGUGGAGCCUUGAUGUCGUUCCUCCCUGCUACUAAUAGAUCCGGGGUUCUUGCUGGUGUCUACCUUGUCAAUGCAGUUGUCGCGCCCCUGACCCUCUUCUACAGUUGGACUGCGGCCAACUUCGGUGGUGCCACCAAGCGUGCGUUUGCCACUGCCAUCAUAAGUGGCUCCUUUUCUCUUGGAAACAUUAUAGGCCCUCAAACCUUCCGGGCUCGUGAUGCUCCUCAAUACCGCCCAGCCAAACUAGCCGUCAUGGGAACCCAAGCUGGCUGCGCCUUCACAACCUUUUUACUUUUCCUCUACUACCUGUGGUCUAACAAGAGACGCGGUGCUCGAAAGGAUACGGAGGAUGCAUUUAUGAGUCCAGAUUCUUGGACAACGCUCACAGACAAAGAGAACAAGAAUUUUCGAUAUGCCUAUUAG